AUGCCCCUCGUGUUUUGUUACGAUGUUACACCUCAAAUUUUCGACCUUUAUCAGCCUCUGCCAAACAUCGAAGGCGUGGCCGAGGAGGAAAACCCGUUGACGGUGCGCGCGAUUGUGGUUGGAGUCAUACUCGGAUCGUUGGUUAACGCUUCCAACAUUUAUCUCGGAUUGAAAACGGGUUUCUUGUUCGGUGCAUCCAUGUUUGGAGCCAUAUUUGGCUUUGGAAUUGUCAAGCUACUCACGAAAGUCUUUCCGGGCGUCCCUUUUCUUGGAAGCCCUUUUGGGCCAAAGGAGAAUGCAAUCAUUCAAGCGACCUCAGCUGGCGCGGGUGGCCUCGGAGGAUUGUUCACUGCAGGGCUUCCCGCAAUGUACCAACUCGACUUGCUGUCUGAAAAUCCGGCCAACGACUUCUCGAAAAUCAUCACACUGACCCUCGUUUGCUCAUUCUUUGGGCUUUGCUUCGCCAUUCCGCUUCGCAAAUUCUUCAUUGUCAACAUGGCACGAGAAUUACGACUCGUCUUCCCGACCCCAACGGCUACCGCUGUCACCAUCCAAGCUAUGCAUGCCGCUCACAGUGAAGGCGUCCAAGCUAUGAGACGGAUCAAAGCUUUGUCUUUCACGUUCCUCGGCGCAUUCGUCCAACGGGUUGUUUCCUAUUACGCGAUCGGUAUUCUAUACGACUGGCAUAUAUUCACCUGGUUUUUUAUAUGGGGAAAUUACAAUAACGCGGCGAUUUAUGUCGAAAAUUGGGGUUGGUUGAUAGAAUGGACACCAGCUUUCAUUGGAAGCGGCAUGUUAGUGGGCAUGAACACAGCAGUCUCCAUGUUCUGCGGUACGCUGUUCGCAUGGGGCAUACUUGGGCCGAUUCUAGUCCACCACGGUAUCUGCAUUGGCACAGCGUUAGCACCUGAAAGCGAACGAUGGCACGAAGCUGUCACGUUUACCUCGUUGAAUGGCGUGGACGAGAACGGAUAUGUGCCCUCACCCCGUUAUUGGUUUUUGUGGCCAGGCGUUACGGUGCUGGUGUGCUGCUCAGUUGCUGAACUUCUGGUCCACUGGCGAAUCUUCUAUUACGGCAUUAAGUACGCCUGGAAGAACACAUCAAUCAACGUGAUGCGGAAGAGAGGCGGUCGAAGUAAGACCUAUCUACCACGUAAUGCUUCGCCCCGCCCUGCAACUAUGUUCAAUGAGAACAUCUUCAAAACCGAAGACCCGGCCGAACCCAAGGAUCAGGUGCCCAACUGGAUUUGGGCCAGCGGAGCCCUGGCUAUGGUGGUCGUUGCUUGCAUCAUCUCGGAAGUUCAAUUCAAUGUGAAUGCUGGACUCGCAAUAGUCGCCUCUAUACUGGCCGUUUUCUUCGCCUUCUUGGGCAUCCACGGAGCUGGAGUGACCGACAUCGCUCCUCUGACAGCUAGUGCUAACGCCGCGCAGCUUGUUUUUGGAGGCAUUACUUCUGGCCAAGGGCUCACAAUUCCUCAAGCGCAGACGGUCAACCUUGUGGCUGGAAGUAUCGCUUCGGGUGCUGCUGAGAUGGCGCAGGAAUUAACAUCUGAUUUCCGUACAGGUUUCCUGCUGAGAACUCCGCCCAAGAAGCAAUUCUAUGCCCAAGUCAUCGGCGCUAUUUUUGCCAUGUUCAUUGCUCCUGGUGUAUUUGUCCUGUUCACAUCGGCUUACCCGUGUAUCAUUCACCCGGACGAAUACCCUGGGACCUGUACCUUCUCGGCCCCUUCGGUUACAGCGUGGCGCGCUAUUGCCCAAGCUGUCACAGGAGAUCUGGAUAUACCCGUUUCCUCAGGAAUCUUCUCAUGCGUCUUGGGAGCGAUUGCGAUUAUACAAGUCGUGCUCAAGCACAUUUUUCUGAACGACAAAAGAGAAAAGUAUCGGUCUUAUCUACCAAACUGGAUGGCAGUCGGUGUCGCCUUUGUGCUACCACAAACAUACUAUAGCACUGCGACCUUGAUGGGAGCGGUAAUAAGUUACACGUGGAUGAAUAGAAGGAGGGCGAGCUACGACACAUAUUGCUACGCCAUGGCAGCUGGGCUUAUUGCUGGAGAGGGUCUGGGUGGAGUGAUAGGCGCCGCUCUACAGCUUGGUGGUGUAGGCGGCGAUGUAUACGGCACUCAAGCCGGCUGUCCACUAGACUUAUGUUCGUAA